AUAGGGCCGUUGUGGCGUGUUGGUGUCCGGGCAGCAGAGCUGGAUCCUCCCGUUGAGCUGCGGGGAUAGAAGUACCGAGUCCGGAACCAGAGCCCGGGCCGAGGCCGUGUGAGGACCGUGCGAGCGGAAUAACGCGGGCGGCAGCGGCGGGACUGCAGAUAUGAACUGAAGCGGUCUGACAGAAGAAUCUACUAGCAUGCUUUUCAAUUUGAAGUUUACGGAUGAUACAGGAUGAAACGCCUCCGGUCCUCCAGCAGCAGUGACACUUCUGACAAUGAGAGUCCAUCGACCUCGUUCUGCUCCUCCAACAAAUAUGGGAGCAAACCUGGAACGCCUGCAUCCAACCCGAAGAAGCCAGCUGAGGUGUUCAGGAAAGACCUGAUCAGUGCAAUGAAGCUGCCUGACUCCCACCACAUCUCCCCAGAGGACUGCUACCUGCUGGCAGACACCUGGAAGCAGGAGUGGGAGAAAGGAGUGCAGGUACCAGCGAGCCCAGACACCAUCCCAGAGCCGUCCGUCAGAGUAAUCGCGGAGAAGCAGAAGGAAACGCUGUACGCCCACCAGAAGAAGUACAUCCAGUGCUGGAGCCAGGAGUCCAAGGAGCCGGGAUUCGUGAGCAUCAAAGAGCUGGCGGAGGCCAUGUGCCGCUACGACCUGGAUGACAUGGACCUCUACUGGCUGCAUGCGCUCAACCACGAGCUUGAACGCAUGGGUGAAGAGCCGGUGGACGAGCUAAUGAUGGAGCGAGCGAUGGAGGCGCUGGAGAGGCAGUGCCACGACAACAUGAAGCACGCCAUCGAGACAGUGGAGGGUCUGGGGAUUGAAUACGAUGAAGACGUCAUCUGCGAUGUGUGCCGCUCUCCGGACAGCGAGGAGGGCAACGACAUGGUGUUCUGUGACAAGUGCAACAUCUGUGUGCACCAGGCGUGCUACGGCAUUGUUAAGGUGCCCAUUGGUAACUGGCUGUGCCGGACAUGCGUCCUCGGUAUUGACCCGCAGUGCCUCCUGUGUCCCCAGAAAGGCGGGGCCAUGAAGGCGACACGAGCCGGCACAAGGUGGGCUCAUGUGAGCUGCGCUCUGUGGAUCCCUGAGGUGAGCAUCGCCUGUCCAGAGAGGAUGGAGCCCAUCACCAAAGUCUCCCACAUCCCCCCCAGUCGCUGGUCUCUGAUCUGCAGUCUGUGCAAGCUGAAGACAGGUGCGUGCAUCCAGUGUUCAGUAAAGAACUGCACCACCCCCUUCCACGUGACCUGUGCGUUCCAGCACAGCCUGGAGAUGAAGACGAUCCUGGAUGAAGGGGAUGAAGUCAAGUUCAAGUCGUACUGCCUAAAACACAGCCAGCCCAAAGCCGGAGAGGCCGGCCUGAGCCCGGCUCGAUCCAAAGCCCCUGGAGAGGCGGGGAAGGGGGGCCAGCGAGCUCAGCGGCUGCAGGAGCUGGAGGAGGAGUUCUACACCCUGAUUGAGCCCGAGCAGCUGGCCCGGGACCUUGGGCUGUCCCCGCACCUGGUGGACUUCAUCUACCAGUACUGGAAGCUGAAAAGGAAGAGCAGCUUCAACAGGGCUCUGCUGCCCCCUAAAGAGGAGGAGGAGCAGCUGGUGCUCCAGCCGCAGGAGGACAGCAUCCACACCCGGAUGCGUAUGUUCAUGCACCUGAGGCAGGACCUAGAAAGGGUAAGGAACCUGUGUUACAUGGUGAGUCGGCGGGAGAAGCUGAAGCUGCUGCAGAGCAAAGCUCAGGAGCAAAUGUUCAACUUGCAUAGAAAAAGGGACUGAACAUGUGUUUUCUCUGCAGGUCUUCCUGCUUCGUUCCCCUUGGAGAGUGUGCUGUCCCGGCCUCCUCCGAGGAUCACUCUGAAGCUGAAGAUGCCCAAAGCAAAGGGUGUUGGGAACGGACCGCUGUGCCCAGACAACAGCGGGAAUGUGGGUGAGCACGGCGGUGAGGGGGUGGGCCAGGGGAAGCCUCAGCUGCACGGCCGCAGCAUCAGAGAUGAGCGCGCCACCGGUCGAACGUCUUCCACCAGCGGUGCGCCGCAGCACGUUAAACCAAGCGGGAAACCUCUGACGCUGCAUGGCGCGCUUCACGGACAGCCUUCCAACAGCAAUGGCAGACUGGAGCGAGACCGAGCACGCCUGGCCAAAUCUAACGGCGUGCUGGAGAAGGGCGCUGCUCAGAGAGACGGCUCAUGCCAGACGCCCGCUGACCGCAACACUGCAAACGAGAAGAGUGUCUUUCGCAAGUCCGCCAUGGAGCACUUUGGCCGCUCCUUCAAACAGGCCACAAUCAACCUGGUCCGGACCACCGAGGACCUGCGGGCAGACAAACUGUCCCGGAAGAGCGGUGCCAAGGAAAGGCUGUGGGCCAAACCAGCACCAGAGCACCGCUUGAAGAGCGCGCGAUCGUAUCAGGACAGCGACGGGUACUGCCCCGACGCUGAGCUCAGCGACUCUGAGCCAGAGGCCAAAGGUCAGUGCAGGCGGCCACUUGGGCUGCCGGACAUUCCGAGGAAAGGGAAACCGGCACCGGGCUCCAGGCACGCCAUGCAGAGGUGACGGCUGUGCAAACUGCGGGGCUGACGGUCCGCACAAGGAUGCACCGUGAAGGCGAUCUGCUCGCUAAGUCCUAACAUACCGACCAUGUUUCCGGCCCCAGCAUCUCUUGGAGCGCACGUGCAGAAACAUACACACCCGACGCUGUCUUCCCAUCAUGUGACGAUGUUUGUCUCCACCCAUGUUGGUCCUGAGAACGGUCAGUGAUUUCACAGCUAAUGAGCAGAUCGCCAAGAAGAGGAGGACAGGAUUUCUGAAGGGACGCUCAGGGCGGGAGGCGCUGUGGGGGGGACCCUAGUGUAUUGUGUGCACACGGGCAUGUAAAUACCACGUGACUCCCGCCCGUCAGCGCUGCACGUCUCCUUGCUUUUGCCUUCACACCGAGGUGCUGCAACUCUUUGUCUACCUUUCUGAAAACACGAAUGCCUUCUGUGUGCAGAAACACUCCACACGCUUUAGCUUCCAGAAACAGUUAGAAACAAUAGAAACACAUUCCAUGGUGCGACAGACACUGAACUGAGGUCUUCAAUCAUCAUGAUGAGCCUUUAUUAUAUCACAAACUUUAAUUGUGAAAGCGAGCUGCAGUUUUUGUUACGAGGUGCAAUUCUUGCUGCUCAGCCCAAAAAAAAUAGAAUAAAAAGUGGGCGUGCCCUUCUCCUUACUUCCUGUCGUGUACCUGCACUUCCUGCUCGAUGAUCACGUCAGUUGAGCUCCAACUGCUCUGAACACUCAGUUUAUCAGUUUUUUGUUUUUUUUUGUUUUUUUUGUAUACCGUUGGCCCUCUGAAGUCACAGAGAGAGAAUAGAAACCCCACCUACAAGCUGUUUGGAACAGCUAGAGGGGCAGCUAAUCAGAAGACAAUAACCAGGAGCAGUGGUAAACAGCUUGUUUCAAGUGGAAGGGCUGUUGGAGCUGAGAAUCACGCAAAGUUGCUGUCAUGGGGCGGAGUUUAAACCUCAGCUGUGAUCUGAAAAUCAGGAAAACGUGUUCAGAGCUUGACUGACCCCUUUUGGGUUUAGAAACAGGGUAAAAGACAACAUCUGUGCUGCUGCCACAUGAUCUAACCGCCUCUCCACUUGUGUCACUACGAGCAGCCGAGAGGUUCGCUUUGAGGAUUAAACCAUCUUGGAGAGCGAUUUCACUGCGAACGCUUCAGUGUCGAUCAGGUUCAGUUAUAACGUUCAAAUGCAACCUCUGGUGAAUGUGAGUGUGGUCUUGGGUCGACGUUCUGACCUUCAGAUGUCUGCUUUUGGUUUAUUGCAGUAAUGAUAUUAGUCGGCGGUCUGAGUUGAGCUGCGUGCACACUGUCGCUCAGUUUUUGUGUCCUGUUUGCUCCCCACGAACCACUAAAGCUCGAGUGUCCGCAAACAUGGCCAAAACAGUGACAUAAUCUCCAGGACCAAAGCACCAGCAGCGUGACGCGGUGGUCAGAAGGUGGAGGCAAGCGCCAUAUUUGAAACGAGUCGGUUUCUUUUUUUGGGUUGAGCUGCAGAAACAGAACCCGUCACGGGUUUGUCCUAUUUUUCUACAGAUGCUGAGUCAGUGCUUUUAUUUUAUACCUUCAUUUUUACCUCAUUUUUACGCAGAUCCUUCCUCAUUUAACAGAAACCGUCUCUCGUGCCUCAGCGUGGUGUCUCCACACAGACCGCAGGCAUGGUCACAGGCUGUAAACGGGCCUGUCGGCUCAGCUGCGAGCAGAAGGUUGAAUCCUCGGCAGCUCCAGGCAGGUGGAGCGGCUGCAGGAAACACUACAUGAAGCCCAGAGUUAAACUUUGACCUCCAUCGCUCGCCAUUCUGAGCCUGUGUGUGUGUGUGUGUGUGUGUGUGUGUGAGGGUGAAGCUGUGCGCCCACCCACGGCGCUCCAACACUAACAUAUUCACAAAGAUGUUUUUUCAUGUUUGUUCCUCAUUUGGAAAAUCAUUUUUUAAUAAAGUCUAAAUGUUAAAGUCUGAUGCUUGAAUUAAUUGAAUGUUCAUCAGUUUUCAGGGAAAGUCAGCAAGCAGGUUUUCUGUUUGUGGUUUCAGGUACUGCUGCACAAUACUGCAAUACUUAUGGUAUUAAUCCAAGGCCAAGUAAGUAGAGGGUCAAUACUGCUGGUACUGGUAUCGAUACUCAUGUAGGGGAGGGCAGUGUGUCGUCAUCUAUGAAAUAAAUUUAAACAUCACUCAGUCACAAUAAUAAUAAAACACUUUUCAUUCUUUUAUCUUUCCAAAGCUUUCAGGACACCGGGCCUGUGAAAUGUACCUGUGAUGCACUUAGCGUGUGUAGUUUAAAUAAAACCGUUGACACAAAA